AUGGAGCGCUCCCUCUUCGUCCUGCCCCACCCGCACCGGAGUCAGCGAGAGCGAAAGAAUUCCCUAAAAGGGGACACGCCGCGACCGCGGGGGAAGGGGGGGAAGGCGGAGGGGUCCCCCGGCCGUUCCGCUCGCGCUCCGGUCCCCCCGGCCUCCCGCUGCACCUGCGCCCGCCCGGCGGAGCCCCUACCUGCCGCGCCCAGAGCCCCCGCUGACUCAGGCUGUCCGCUCCGGCGCGACGGCGGCGGGGGCGUGGUAGCGGGCCGCGCCGGCCGGGGUGGGGCUGCGCCUCCGGGUCUCCCCCGGGACCAACGGGCCCUGGGAGCCGGGAACGAGGAAGAGGCGGGAGGCGGAAUUCCAGGGCGGGCAAAAAGUUCCCGGCUCGCAUCCCUCCUCCCCGCGACCCGUCGGGCCCCUCGGCGCUCCGCCCGGCUCCGCGCGCUCCCAUACACUUGCUGCGCCCCGCCCGCCCGCGCGGACCCGCAGCGGGGAUACGCGGGCUCUCGGCCCCUGCGCCCGGCUGCUCCCCGACUCCCGGGCAGCCCCGACGCAAGCUCCACGCGCCGGCACCCGGACUACCCAGCACCCUCGGCCACGCUCGGCACACUUAGGCGCGCACCUCUCGAAAAGGCGUAUGCAGGGUCAGAGGGGCUGGGGACUCGCUGCCGCCCAUCAGGGCAGGUGCACUGCGGCGGAGGCCCCCUGACCCUGGGACUCACCCCGCAGCCCCCGGUUCCCGGCUCCGGGAUGGACAGGGCCGCCGUCCAGCCUUCCAGCGCACUGGGCGGGAUGCAAGAUGAGGAAGCACAGGAAAAGAUACAGCAGCCUGUCAGCAAAGUAAUUGUGCGGAACCGACUUAAAGCGGUGCUAAAAAACUUGUCGCUCUUGAAGCUGCUCAAGAGCUCGAACCCUCGGACCCAACAGCUGCAUAACCUGGCCAGAAGGUGUUGGAAUUCACUGCUCAGAGUUCCGAAGAUGCUCGGGGUCUCCUCCGGGUACGACGACGUCUGGGAUAAAGCAGAACAAAAUAAAAAAGAUCUUCAGGAGGCUGGGUGUCCCAACAAGAAACUGGACUCCAAGAAAUCAGAGCCCCUAAGGGAGUCUGAGGAGUCAAGGCCCAAGGCGGCACCGGGGGAGAGGCACACGGCACAGACAGCAGUGCCACAGAGGGAGGAGCAGAUGCAGCCUGAGGUCCCCGUGACAUCAAAGGGUCAUGGCCUGCCCACUGACCCUGGAGCCCAGCAGGGGCAAUCACCCACUGGGGACCCCCGAGUCGUCUUCCUGAAGACCCGCCAGUACAGAACUCCCAUGAAGGACAUGAAGCAGCUGGAAACAGCAGACCAGUGUAUCUGGUUUGAGGGGCUGCCCACACGAGUCCACCUCCCAGGGCCCCGGGUGAUGUGCAGAUCAUCCGCCCUGCGCUGGGUCAAGCGCCGCUGCACCCGCCUCUGCUCCGCAUCACUUGAGCUGCCAAUGGUCCGUCCAUACAAGGUGCGACCUUGGAUGGGAGCCAGAGGUGUGCGGAGAGGGCAGAGAUUGCGCAACCAUCUGAACGGGAGGGAUGGGCGGGAAAAUUCGCGAGUCUACAAAUAAAAUCUCCCAUAUGGCGCUGAAGAAUACUGCCGCUGGCUCUGCCUCUUUAUCUGGGGCUGGAAAGGAUGG